ACAAAGCUUCUCACGUGUUUUUUUUAUUGAUUUCGUUACCUUUUCGGGUCAAUUUACGUACAAUGAAAGUUUCAGUUGGAGAUGUAGUUCUGCCUGGCGAUUAUUGCGAAGAAAUCACAAAUGUGGGUGAAAAAAGUAAGGUUAUACUCGGUCCCGGAUUGGGACGCGAACUGGACAAAGUUUACAUGACAAAAGCUGGAAUUCUGAGAAAACGGAGUCCUAAUACAUAUUGGGUGGACAACCAACAGAAGCGAUACAUUCCGUCAAGAGGAGAGAACGUAGUUGGCUUUGUUAUUCAAAAAGCGGGAGACAUAUUUAGAGUGGACAUCGGUGGAAGUUGCCCCGCCGCGCUAUCCUACCUAUCAUUUGAAGGUGCAACGAAGAAAAACAGACCCGAAGUUCAAGUUGGUGACGUUGUGUAUGCGAAAACCUUAGUUGCUAGCAAAGACAUGGAGCCUGAGCUGGUGUGCGUAGAUUCUCAUGGAAAGAAAGGUCGCAUGGGAGUAUUGUCAGACGGAUUCGUUUUUAAAUGUUCGCUUAACCUUGUUAGGAAGAUAUUGAGUCCUAGUUGUCCUCUGUUGGAGUCUUUGAAGAAUGAGUGGCCUUUUGAGUUAGCUGCAGGCAUGAACGGCAGGAUUUGGAUCAAAGCCAAGACUAUGAGAGAAACAAUUGCAGUUGGCAAUGCUAUUUUAGGGUGUGAAUACUUGGACAACCAGGAAAUCAAAAGCCUAUGCAGUAAUAUCGCAAACAUUUUAGCUGGACACACUUCAUAAUAAAUUAUGUAUCAAA